UGACAACACCAAGAAUGGCACUGUGGCAAACGUCAGACGAUGUCGAGUGAUAGAAAAAUAAUUAAUUUCACGACGUUUUGUGUUAAUAAUUAUGUGAAUGAUGAGAUGAAAGUGUAGAUAAAUGUUAGUUUAGUGUUCAAUAGUGAUUAUGGCGCAUAGUGGUGGUGUUUUGAGUUCGGAUAUAUCUCGGAGGAAUCCACAAGAUGAGUAUGAACUCAUUCAGAGAAUCGGUUCGGGAACCUACGGUGAUGUAUACAAGGCGAAAAGGCUCAACGGCAACAAUGAGCUUGCUGCCAUCAAGGUGAUCAAGCUGGAGCCGGGUGAUGACUUCGCUAUCAUACAGCAGGAGAUCCUGAUGAUGAAAGACUGUCGACACCCGAAUAUAGUUGCGUACUAUGGCUCUUAUCUUAGAAGGGAUAAGCUGUGGAUCUCGAUGGAGUAUUGUGGGGGUGGGAGUUUGCAGGACAUAUACCACGUGACGGGACCUCUCACAGAGUUACAGAUAGCCUACAUGUGUCGAGAGACUCUGACCGGCCUGUCUUACCUCCACAGUAUGGGCAAGAUGCAUCGCGACAUAAAAGGUGCGAACAUCCUACUGACGGAGUGCGGUGACGUGAAGCUGGCGGACUUCGGCGUGUCGGCGCAGAUCACCGCCACCAUCAAUAAAAGGAAGUCUUUUAUUGGGACGCCUUAUUGGAUGGCGCCUGAGGUGGCUGCGGUAGAACGUAAGGGAGGAUACAACCAGCUCUGUGAUAUUUGGGCUUGCGGGAUCACUGCUAUCGAGCUAGCAGAACUGCAGCCCCCGAUGUUCGAGCUGCACCCCAUGCGGGUGCUGUUCCUCAUGUCCAAGUCGGGCUUCAAGCCGCCCUCGCUCAAGGAGCGGGAGCGCUGGUCGGCGGUGUUCCACGCCUUCCUCAAGCUGGCGUUAACUAAGAACCCCAAGAAGAGGCCCACGGCUGAUAAGUUGUUACAGCACGCGUUCUUCCAACAAGACAUGAGCAAGCGGCUGGCGAUAGAACUACUGCACAAGUACUCCAACCCUCCCAGCCACUGCAAUACCGAGCCUGAUGAGGAUACCGCCAUGUCAAACGUCCCGCAACGCAUAGCCUCAAAGCACACCGGCCGCGGCGGACGCCGAGUCCUCGCCGAACAAACGCAACAGCGCCACUCCAACAACCACGUGCGUCCGCGCAGCCUGCUCACCGACCACGGACUGCCGGCCACGACUCGUCCCACCUCUCUUAUACACGACGACGCCAUCGCGACAGCCAAUCGCGUGAGGCUAAUGACGGGGGAGGGGCGCGAACCGGCCAAUAGGAGGUCCGGAGUCUACGAUGAUUCGCCAAUCGUUGAUCUGGACGCGGACGAUGACUUGAGUGUACGGUCUAUGCCGAAAGUGAUUAAUUUUAGUGCGGAGGUUAAUAGGAGUUGUGAUGGGGAUACUAUUAAGAGGAGUGCGUACCACAGACAAUCUAGUGAAGAUUGGAGCGUAGCUUCACUCAUGAGUUGUCCCAAACACAAUCCUUUGACACAAGACUUGUCUACGGACACGAUGCCAUCUAGCGAGAACAAGUGGUGUCGGGUGAUCACGGGUGAUGAUAUUUUGAACAUGAGUUUAAGGAGCCUCUUGCAAUAUAUCGAUGAAGAGUUAAUGCUCAGGGCAACUCUACCUUUAACGGCAGAAACCGCGAACAUGGCGCAGGGUGGCAACACUGCGCUAUCGAUGCACGACCAACACCUCUCGCAAUGUAUUCAGUUAAAACAGAAUUUCCUCAACAAUUCUACGGCGAAUAUUUAUCAAAAUCUCACGUCGACCUUCCAGAGUCCUAUAGGUGCUUCUAGACUAUCCAUCGACGACCCUCUCUGCAGGAAAAUAGGCGAAGAUAUCAUGUACGUGGACCAACAAGAAAACGACCACUUGGACCUCCAAAGAAAUGCCAACUGCGAAUGUGGACUGUGCCCUAAACCGGAACCCAGAGACAAUAACACAUUGAGCGAUCUACAAAGGUCCGUAGCAAAAUGUUCCUGUGACGUAUGCAAUUCUAACGGAGAUAUACUAAGUUACUACAGGCAUUGUUCAAACCAAAACACCGACUCAGGCAUUGUUUACUGCGAAAGCUGUAAAAAGCAAAAAAUAUCAGUAUCCAACUUCAGGGCUUUACAGAUCGCAAAUAGGUUACGAAUUUCAGAAGACGAUAAGUUACAAAAUGGGGCUACAGACGAUGACUUGUGUAGAAAAAUCGAUAUGAGCUUAAAUAUGGAAGAAAAGGCUUUUGAACAUAGGAAAAAACAUAAUAGACAUCAUUCGGAUUCGGUGACCGCUGGUAUAGACUUAAAUCAAUUUUGUCAGUGUGAGCUUGACGUGAAAAGGAAAACUUCGUCCGUUGAUGAGAUUUUCAAAAUGGUGGAUGAAAAUGGGCGGGACGUUAAGACGGAGGCAAUCGACGAAGAAGUUAAGACUACGCAGAGACAACGGAGUUUGUCUGACAGCCAGAGAGAUAAGGCCAAAGUUGAUAAUAAGGUAGUGGUGGUAGAAGGAGGAACUCCCCCCGUGCCCCCGCGGCGGGGGAGAUCACGCCGAGCCCACACACCCCCGCGCGCCGCCCCCAACGGCCUGCCCCCCACGCCUAAAGUGCAUAUGGGGGCAUGCUUCUCUAAGGUGUUCAAUGGAUGUCCACUGAGGAUCAACUGUACAGCUUCAUGGAUACAUCCCGACACGAGAGAUCAACACAUACUAAUAGGAGCGGAAGAAGGCAUCUACACGUUGAACCUGAACGAGCUGCACGAGACGGCGAUGGACCAGCUGUGUCCGCGCCGCACGAUAUGGAUGCACGUCAUCAAGGAUGUGCUCAUGUCGCUCUCCGGUAAUGGUAAAACAGCCUCACUAUACCGUCACGAGCUGCUGGCUCUGUCAGGCUCGGCGCGAGGGGCUCGCUCGCUGCGAGGCUUGGCCCCGCGCCUACUGCCGCGACGCUUCGCUAAUACUACGCGCGUUCCUGAUACUAGAGGUUGCAUGCGGUGUGCGGUGGCCCGCAACCCGUACAACGGGUACAAGUACCUGUGCGGCGCCACGCCCGCGGGGCUGUUCCUCAUGCAGUGGUACGACCCGCUCCGGAAGUUCAUGUUGCUUAAGAACAUAGAAUGCGUCCUCCCGUCCCCGCUGCUGGUGUUCGAGCUGAUGAUAACGCCGGAGCUGGAGUACCCGCUGCUGUGCGUCGGCGCCACGCGCAAGCCGCUGCGCCUCAACCUGCUCAAUAUUAACUCUGGUGCGACAUGGUUCCACUCGGAAGAGUUGGAGUCGUGCGUGGGCGGCUCCAACACCGUCAUCCCGCGCCCCGAGCGACUCCACACGCUUAGAGCUGUGCAUCAGCUUAAUAAGGACUCCGUUUUAGUAUGCCACGAGAACGUAGUGGACAUAAUCCCGGUACUACCGCCGUCAUGGCGACACGACGACGACAAGCGCCGCAACAAGCUGCUGUCGCGGAUACAGUUCGACUUCAACAUCGACAGCAUACUAUGCCUGGCGGACUCGGUGCUGGCGUUCCACCGCCACGGCGUGCAGGGCCGGUCCCUCCGCAACGCGGAGGUCACGCAGGAGAUCACCGACGCCUCCCGCGCGUACCGCCUGCUGCCGCAUGACAAGGUCGUAGUAUUAGAAUCGCAUGUACUCCAAAACAACACGUUAUCCGGCGAAGACGGCAAUGAUCUCUACAUCCUGGCAGGACACGAGGCUUCCUAUUGAAGUACCACGGUACCACCAGCGGACCAUAACCCGGUACUUCAUAGUACCACGAGGAAAAAGUGACUAAACGACACUUUUCAACACGAAGGUUUGUUAUUUACGACAGAGAUUUCAGUUAUGCCUUUUUGUUUGAAGUUUUUCAACAAAAAAGACAUUAAAAAUGAUUUUCUGUUUAUCGAUAAAAAACUGCAGGAAUAUCGAUAAAUGUUUUUCAGUUUUGUCGAUUUGAAUGAUCGAUAAAGUGGCUAGGAGGUUGGAAAUCAGUAUAACCAUUAAACGCUUGCUAAGCCAGUUAUGAUAAGCGUUAGUUCCCGAUAUAGAGAUGUUUUUGUAUUUAAACAAGUAUUAUCGUCAUACUGUAAUACCCAUUUAUUAUCAAAUAAAAUAUACGGCAUUUUAGCUCCCAUACAAAGGCAAAAUCUCAUCGAUAUUUUUACAUUACAACGUUAAAAAGUUUGCUGUUUGUCUACGUACAGCGAAGACCGUAAUAAAAAUAUUCGUACAAAGAAUUUUUAAUCAAGAAAAUAAUAUGCAUGUGUAAUCAACAUCUUUCGAGAAAAAAACAAUCGGUUAUCGAUAUGAAAUCGAUACAGAAGAUGCUACAGAACACCACUAGCUAUAUCGUCUUCGAUUAAAAAUCCAAUAUGGCGGUCUAUCAACGAUUUUACAUUAAAGUGAUCCUAGUGAAAGUAAAGUUUAGUUAAUUGUAAAUUUAUUGUCGUUAAAAUUCCCACAUCACUGCCAUUUUUUUACUUCUACAUAGUGGCAACUCGAAAAUUCUACAAACCAUUAUUUAAUCUUUAAAUUACUUAUUCUUAAAUUCGUGCGAAAAACUGACAACUGCAAAUUAAAAAAAUAUAUAUAUACUGAGACAAUACAUAUUAACUAUAUAUAAAAAACAGCUGGUUUAAUACCAUUAUAGAGUAUUGGAAAAAAACUAAAAUAUAAAAUAACAACAACGCCACUGUGUACGAAGUAUUUAGAUAAAAUCAUUCCUAAAAACUGAAGCAAUAAGUUUGAAUAGCAAACGCAAUUAGUUGAAAAUAUCUUAUUUAAUCUCCCUUCUAUACAGACGUCGUAUGAAUUAACAAUUAUUUCAAUCUAUCGAUAAUUCACGUUACUAGAGGUGACAAACAGUUUUUUUACGAGAAAUAAUGAUCAUGGUUGUUUUUGUCAUAUCAGUUGCAAUAAAAACCAAUAUUUUUAAGUCCUGCCUCUAGUAAUAUAAAUUGGCUGGUCAGAGAUGUUCAACAUGGAAAAAAUAUUCAGGUAAAGUUUGAGUAUCUCUGCCUUAACAUUUUUGAGGGCAUUGGACAUAAUGUGGCGUCAUAACGUCACAGAUGUCAAAUGUCAUUUUAUGACAUUACGUCUUGUCACAGCCAAGGUCUUUCAGAAACAAAUGAUUUUUUUCUUUUGUUUGACAACCCAUAUAUUAUGUAAAGGGUUUUAAUUAUUGCGAUUUACUUUGCAUAAAAAGUACUGCAAAUAACAAAAUUACUAAAGGAAUAUGCGAAAUAACAUUUAUUUCUAAUAUCUAACAGUUAGUUGCUGUGAUAGCAUUGCUAAGGUAUUUUAAAUAAACAUGUAUAAAAUGUUUAAAGUAUCGAUUAGUUAACUGAGGUUUUGAACGGUUUGUUUGCCGUAAAACCAGUGUUUGUUUCGACCAAACAGAAAUAUAAAUGUUCAAGCAACCUGCAUACUUUAAUGACUGCCAAAAAAUAGUUGAGGGAAGGAAUAUACGACAUUUCACAGUCGAUAAUUUCGACUAUCGAUCAAAACCUCAGUUAGCACAUCUCUAAUUACGAUAACUAUUUUUAAUUUUAAAAUCUUGUGAUGAUACGAUCGGGAUGUAUUCAGCCCCUAAACAUAACGAAAUAAAAAAUAUUAACAGAUCUUUUACUCACUAUAUUUUAAAUAUAAAUAGUAUUUUAUUUAUUCAUUGUUUUAAUUUAAUAUUAAAAUAUCACAACAUGUGAUCGUACGUGUAACGAAGAAAAAAAAUUAUAAAAGACAAUUUUCAUUAAAUAGAAAUUU